UUGGAUUUUAAAUAAAAAUAUAAAUUGUAAUACGCUUUGCCUACCAUUAAGUAAAAUCAAAUACCGUUGCCUACAAUUGGGAAAAGUCCAAUAAGGGCUCGUUUAUGUCAAAUAUCUAGAGUUACGAUCCCGUGGACGCCGUGAGUUAUUCGUGUACAACCACCAACUAUGAACGGGUGCCAGUGUUUGUUUUAGCACCAAAAUUAGUGGAAAAUACGAAAUUAAUUAAACUAUUGAGCGUUUCUAUGUGUUGACGUCAACCCAGGCGCGAUCUAUUAGUGCCGCUGGUGUGUUAAAUACUCUGUCGCUGAGGGGCAGGGCCCACAACUUUCGGUGCGAGUCUUUGAACAGGGCCACAAAAUGUAUCUUUAGCAUCAGUUAAACGCGAGAGAGAGGCAGCCAUAACCAAGGAAGCGAAAAACAUCAAGAACAUCCAACGACAGCAGCAGCAAGAAGAACAACCCACAAGAGCGCCAAGUUGUUAAAGAGUUGGUCUCCUGGUGCCCAUCGGUUUUGGGAUCUUUUUUUGUUAAUUUUUUUUGUGUUCGCUUUUGGAGGGCAGUAGGCGAACAGGGCCAGGAGCAAGGACGAACACGUAGCGGGUUGGACACGGCGGUACACGUACACCUAGGACCAAGCCGGACAAGCCACGACCACCCACGCCCCACUCAUCAAUAUUCGAAAAAGCAAUUGAGACGCGAACCAUCAGCAGCAUCAGCAUCAAUUCAUCAAUUAUUCAAAAUGACCGAAGACGAAAUUCUCUUUGACGAUGUCUACGAGCUGUGCGAGGUCAUUGGCAAAGGACCCUUCUCCAUUGUGCGACGAUGUAUACACAGAGAGUCCAACCAGCAGUUUGCUGUUAAAAUCGUGGAUGUGGCCAAGUUCACAGCGAGUCCAGGACUGAGCACAGCGGAUCUGAAGCGCGAGGCCACAAUAUGUCACAUGCUGAAGCAUCCGCACAUUGUCGAGCUGCUCGAGACCUACAGCUCCGAGGGCAUGCUCUACAUGGUGUUCGAGUUCAUGGAAGGCUCCGACCUGUGCUUCGAGGUUGUGCGUCGCGCCGUUGCCGGUUUUGUCUACAGCGAGGCAGUUGCUUGUCACUACAUGCGCCAGAUACUGGAGGCGCUGCGAUAUUGCCAUGAGAACGAUAUACUGCACAGGGACGUGCGUCCUGCUUGUGCGCUGCUCGCCACCGUGGACAACUCGGCGCCAGUGAAGCUUGGUGGCUUCGGUUCGGCCAUACAGCUGCCGGGGACGAGGGAAACCAUAGAAACACAUGGACGCGUGGGCUGUCCGCACUACAUGGCGCCGGAGGUUGUUACCAGGCGGUUGUACGGCAAGGGCUGCGAUGUCUGGGGCGCUGGUGUAAUGCUGCAUGUCCUGCUCUCGGGUAGAUUGCCAUUUCUGGGCUCCGGAGUGCGACUACAGCAGUCGAUAGCGCGUGGCAGGCUCUCGUUUGAGGCGCCUGAAUGGAAAUCAAUUUCGGCUAAUGCCAAGGAUCUAGUCAUGAAAAUGCUGGCCGCCAAUCCACAUCACAGACUUUCCAUCACCGAGGUGCUCGACCAUCCGUGGAUACGGGAUCGGGACAAGCUACAGCGAACACAUCUCGCAGAAACGGUGGAGGAAUUGAAACGCUACAAUGCUCGGCGCAAGCUCAAGGGAGCCGUUCAGGCCAUCGCCGGCGGCACCACCAUGGAUCCCGUUUAUGUCACAGAUGCGGACAUGCCCAUUGCUGGAGCACCCGACGAGUGGGCCGACGAGGAGGCGGGCAUCGAGGCGGUGCAGCGUAUUUUGGACUGCCUGGACGAUAUCUAUUCGCUGCAGGAUGCGCACGUGGAUGCGGAUGUGAUGAGGGAUAUGCUGCGGGACAGUCGCCUGCACCAGUUGCUGCAGCUCUUCGACCGCAUCACCUCGACAGUCGUCACGAGCAAUGGCAGGGCGCCGGCCGCAGAGGCGGUCACACGCAGUCGGGAUGUGCUGGAGACGCUCUCGUCGACGGGCGGCAGCUCGGUGGCCAAUAAGUAUGCCAAGGACGAGCUGAUGCUGCUGCUGGCCGCUCCACACAUGCAGGCCCUGCUCCAUAGCCACGAUGUGGUGGCCCGAGAUGUGUACGGUGAGGAGGCGCUGCGCGUCACCCCGCCACCGAUGGUGCCCUACCUCAAUGGCGAUGAGAUGGACAAUGUGGAGGGCGGCGAAUUGCAGCAUGUGACCCGCGUACGCUUGGUGCAGUUCCAAAAGAACACGGACGAGCCCAUGGGUAUUACGCUGAAGAUGACCGAGGAUGGGCGCUGCAUUGUGGCAAGGAUUAUGCAUGGGGGAAUGAUACAUCGACAGGCAACGCUGCAUGUGGGCGACGAGAUACGAGAGAUCAAUGGCCAGCCGGUGCAGCAUCAGUCGGUGGGCCAAUUGCAACGAAUGCUGCGCGAGGCACGCGGUUCUGUUACCUUCAAGAUAGUUCCUUCGUACCGUAGCGCUCCGCCACCCUGCGAGCUUUUCAGGAUCAGACCCGCUCCGGUGCUUAUUUUCGUGCGCGCACAAUUUGAUUAUAAUCCGCUGGAUGAUGAACUUAUACCCUGCGCCCAGGCGGGCAUAUCAUUCCAAGUGGGCGACAUACUGCAGAUCAUUAGCAAGGACGAUCAUCACUGGUGGCAGGCGAGACUGGACACGGUUGGUGGCUCGGCGGGAUUGAUACCAUCGCCGGAGCUGCAGGAGUGGCGCAUUGCCUGCCAGACGGUCGACAAAACCAAGCAGGAGCAGGGAGAACCGGGUGCUGGAUGUUCCGCUCACGCAGAUGGGUGUGAUGGAUCGGCAGUAAACUGUUCGAUAUUCGGGCGCAAGAAGAAGCAGUGUCGGGACAAGUACUUGGCCAAGCAUAAUGCCAUAUUCGAUAAUCUAGAUGUGGUCACAUACGAAGAGGUUGUCAAGGUGCCAGUUGGUGAUCCGAAUUUUCAGCGCAAAACGUUGGUGCUAUUGGGUGCCCAUGGGGUGGGCAGGCGGCAUAUUAAAAACACUUUGAUUUCCAAGUAUCCCGACAAGUACGCCUAUCCCAUACCACAUACAACGAGACCUGCUAAGCCCGAGGAGGAGAGUGGACGCAGCUAUUACUUUGUCUCGCACGACGAAAUGAUGGCGGACAUCGCCGCAAAUGAGUACUUGGAAUAUGGAAUCCACCCAGGCACGCACGAGGAUGCGAUGUAUGGCACCAAGCUGGACACUAUCCGACGCAUACACACAGACGGCAAGAUGGCCAUAUUGGAUGUGGAGCCGCAGGCCCUGAAGAUACUACGCACAGCCGAAUUCACGCCCUAUGUGGUCUUCAUAGCGGCUCCCUCGCUGCAGAAUAUCGCCGAUUACGAUGGGAGCCUGGAGCGUCUGGCAAAGGAAUCGGAAAUGCUGCGUCAAAUGUAUGGCCAUUUCUUUGAUAUGACGAUUGUGAACAACGACAUUAGCGAUACGAUUUCCGCGCUGGAAACGGCCAUCGACCGAGUGCACACCACUCCACAAUGGGUGCCAGUCUCGUGGCUCUACUGACAAGACAGUGAACUGGAAUGCCCCGAUUGCCUCGAGGGUUGCGAUUGCGAGUGGGAUGCAUAUACACAGGCCUCCAAUGUGGCGCUCUACUGAGUGCACCACCACAGUUACAUCACAGCUACAACACAACAAUACACCACACAACAUCACACUGCAAACACACCAUUAAAGUAUUACCAAGGCACAAACAUACACCAGCAACAGCAAUAGCAGCAAUAUCAGCAAUAGGAGCAGCAGCAGGAACAGCAAUGGCAACUGCAGUGAAGACAGAAAGCGCUUGGCGCCGAGAUAUACAUUGGUAUGAGGAUAUUUGGAGAGGAGAACAGGAGGGUAUUGUGGGUACUGCGGUCGCAACGUAAAGACAAAAUGUUAAUUGUAAAUCGAGCUGUAUUUGCCUUUUACUUUGUUCAAUUUGAAGUGAUUAAUUUUACAUCGUAUUUGCCAUUCCGAUGGGCUGCCCUCAAACAGUCUGGGCAGCCCAUUAUUAUUAUGUUUAUUAUGUAUUAUAUUUAUGAUUGUUUUGUGUUACCGUUUUUGUUUGUACUCGUAUUUAUAUUGUUUUAUUUUCUGUCAGACAGCAUUAAACGCUUAUGUUAAUCUUGCACUUGUUAGUGUCUAAGUUAACUGAAACACAAACCGAAACAGAAUCAGAAACCGCAACUAAAACACUCUAAAUUGUUUCAAUCGAAGAUUAUUUCCAAACACACACGAAAAUAAAAAUAAAAAACACAAAAAAAAAAAAAUAGAAAAUCCGAGAAAUGUCUUGUGAGAGGCGAGCGGAAAACGAGUUAGUAAAUUAUAGCGAAAAAACUACGUAAUUAAUUAUAAUUAAACAUAACAGCAACACAAAUAAAUGAAAGAAGUGAAGGAAAAUGUUAAAAGUAAUAUGAUGAGAGCAAUUUCAAGUGUUUCAAGCCCAAGUAAAAAAAAAAACAACACACUAAUUACAUAUGGAAGCUCAAAUAAGGACAACCAAUCGUAAAGUGUACGUUUUUAAAUGCAAUAAACAUUAACACAAAGGACCCGUAUAAUAACAUCACUUACACACGAAACACACAACAACAACAAAACAAACACUAAAAUAUUACCAAGAAAAAAAAAAAACUAAAUUGUUGACGUUUAAAUAAAUUCAAUGGGAAAUGAUUAAAAAUGCAAUCAAGAGAUGAACAUACAUAAAAAGAGUUAAUAAAAAUAAGAGGCAGGCGCGUUUAAUUCAAGCAAAAGCAAUUAAAGGAAAAGCAUUAAACAAACAAACAACAACAACACAACAACAACAACAAAAACAUAGAGUGAGCACAAAAACAAACACAUACUAACAGCAAUUACAACAAAGAAGUAAAUCAAAUAAGAAUUAAACUAUUUAGAGGCCAAUGAGAACUGGUGCAAGAGUGCGCGGGACGGGACACGUAUAAAUAUAUAGAGAACACAUGAAUAAUGAAUGGAAUGAAAGAAACGAUUAGUACAGAAAGUAUGUGUAUACAUAACACAUAUACACAUAUAUAUAUUUUUCGAACAACUCAAAACUCAGGUUGGAUACAUUGAAAAUCAGUCAAGUUCAAUAAGAUGAAUAUAGCGGAGCGCUUCCUUUUAACCCACAGCCAAAUAAAACGAAAACCUUAACAAACCCAAUCGAAGUUUACACUGGAGCAGACCGAAUCCAAUCGAAUCGAAUCGAAUCGAAUCGAAAUGAAUUGCAGUUUACCCACAAGCCAAGUUACCACCCUAGCAGCAGCAGCUUCUACAAAAAUCUUUUCUAAAUGUUUUACAAGUACAAAAAUCACUUUAGCAUUCCGAUUUGUAGCCUCAAACUUUGUUUAAAAAUCAUUCCUUUAGACCACGCGCUCGUUAGCUUUUUCCUCCUGCUCUCACCGAAGAUUUCCCUGCUUCCUAGAUAGAUGCUUGACACAAUAGCUUCUCCAUGCUUGAGCUUGUCUCAGUUAUGAAUGAAGGCGCUUCUCCGGAGCAGGACAAAAGCUGAAUUUAGACUUAACACACUAAGGAGUGCACAUGCAAUCACAAUAAAGAAUAAAGGAAGAAACUGAUUAAAACUGGGAAAUAUAAAUUACGACACUCUAUAUGUAACGAAACAUCUUUUGGUCAAGCAAAAGCCACUUACGAUUAAUGUUAGACUAACACACAUUUGACUUUGUAAUUCCUACCACCCCCCCGAAAAGAACACCUCACUUUCCCUUUUAAGCCAGAGCUUAGUUUGAGCCAAGCCACAGAACCCACAUCGAAUUCCCCCACACACACAGGCACACAUAAAUGAAUUACCAGAACAAUUCUAUGGUUUCAAAACGGUUGAACAAUUUUUGCAUAGAGAAUUAUUGUUGAACGCUGGGCUAUGAAUUUUUGGUUCGGAGCGAGAGACAGACAGGGCAGCAGGCAAGAGGCAGGCAAUGAAAAUCAUAGAAGUACCCCAAUGAAAAACCUACCCGAAACUGAUGAACUAACUACCUACCCACAACAAAACCAAAAAUGCAGCCAAGUGGCCAAAUUAACUAAGUAUUAUACCCUAAAAACUAAAAGCCUAAAACAAAACGAUGGACUCGUGAAGAACAACAGAAAUCGGAAGUGUAUGUAUAUGUUGCAGCUCUCCCCCCAACCUAGGCAGGGUGUGCCAGAAAACACCGAAAACAAACAAAGAAAAAAGAAAGAUCUAAGGAGAAUGCUCAAAUCAAAAAUCGAAUAUUUUAUGAUAUAAAAACAAGGUGGAAUGAUCAGGAUUAGGAUGGGAAUAGGAGGGAAGUCACAUUCCAAGAAUGAGCUAGAAUUUCGAAGGGAUUCGUUUCUUAUUUUUAACUGAUCCGUUUUUUUCUUAGCUGAUGCGAGCAAAUUGUAGCUGUACACUAAGAAUAAUUUCACCCUAAGAUUAAGCGAAAAUUUAUUGUUGAUAUUACAUAAAAAAAAGCAAAGGAAAGCAAAAACCAGAUGGCGAUAAAGGUAGGAAGAGAUAAAGGAAGCAAACCAAACGGAUUAGAAUUUUUCUCUAAUUUGAUAAGUGGUAGAAGCGAUGAUGAAGAAGCUAAAGAUAAUGAGGGUAGGAUGAUGACGAGUUGAUAAUGCUUAUGAUCUCCAAAGUCAAUAUGUGUAGGAUUGACACGAUUUGAGCAAAUUGAGUGAAUUGUUAUUAAAAUAAUAAAUGAAAUGAAAUGUAAUGAGUGGAUAGAUGGAUCGAUAUCGAUCCAUUGAUACGCUAAUAGGUAAAGACGUUAGAAAAUAUCAUUUAAAGUAAAUGAUA